AUGUAAAGUUGGACUAUGGUAGAGGAUAUUUAUACAAAUACUUUUAUUAUAAGAGUUUUCAAACUCAAGUAAUAUUUGAUGUCUUUUAUAUUAAUGCUGAUGAUGAUAUUGAUGAUAAUCCUUAUUUAAAUUUUAGUUUUGAUGGUAAUUUAGGUUCAGAAGUGGAUUAAGUUAUAUAUAGUAGAUAUUAUAAACUAGAUGAUUAAAUUUAGAAUCAGUGGUUAGAUUUGUCAUAGUACUUUAAACAAUUUUGAGUUAUAUACAAUAGUAAGUACUUUUGCGAAUUCUAACACAAACAAAUUUACAAUUAAAAUUUGUUUUGGUCCUUAAAAUAAUGAUAUGGAGGUAGGGAUUAAAAAUUUAUUGAUUUAUGUGAAUACUUGUCACCCAACUUGUUUAACUUGUGAUGGUCCUACAGAAACAUAAUUUUUAUCCUGUUUUUAUUAUUAAAGUGUAAAUGGAGGGAGAUGUAAGUGCAUUUCUGAUUAAUAAUUCUCUGAAACAUAUAAAUAUAGGUUGUUUGCAAGAAUGCGGUAGAGCUUAUUCGAUUGCACUGUAUGAUAAAAUAUGUGUCAUUGAUACAAGAAUUAAAUCAAAGUUUACUUUAUUCGAAAAUGAAAGCAUUCCUUUAUCUAAUUUAAGAUAUUUUCCUUUGAUUUUUAAAAAGAUGAAUGUUAUCCAAAAAAUACAGAUUUAAUUUAUGAAAAUUGUAAUGGAUAUGAUUUUAUUGGAAAGUUAUAGUUUAAUGAAGGAAUGA